GCUCACUUCCGCUCGGCCGGUGACAGCCGCGGGGCUCUGAGUGGCCCGCGGCACGGACGCACCGAGGGAGCGGGAGGACGAGGCCGCGGACAUUUUGCUGGCGAGCCGAGCCGCGCCGUGGUGCCGGGAGCCGUUCGGACCUGUGGAGUCUGGCACAGAUAAGGGACCAAAAUGACUGACUCAAAGUAUUUCACCACGACCAAGAAAGGGGAGAUCUUCGAGCUGAAGGCAGAGCUCAGCAGUGACAAGAAGGAGAAGAAGAAGGAGGCGGUAAAGAAAGUGAUUGCGUCAAUGACCGUGGGCAAAGAUGUCAGUGCCCUCUUUCCUGACGUGGUGAACUGUAUGCAGACAGACAACCUGGAGCUGAAGAAGCUGGUGUACUUGUAUUUGAUGAACUAUGCCAAGAGUCAGCCCGACAUGGCCAUCAUGGCUGUCAACACCUUUGUGAAGGAUUGUGAGGAUCCUAAUCCCCUGAUCCGGGCUCUGGCUGUGCGGACCAUGGGCUGCAUCCGCGUUGACAAGAUCACAGAGUACCUGUGUGAGCCACUCCGGAAGUGCCUGAAGGACGAGGACCCAUACGUGCGCAAAACAGCAGCUGUGUGUGUAGCCAAGCUCCACGACAUCAAUGCCCAGCUGGUAGAGGACCAGGGUUUCCUGGACACCCUGAAAGACCUCAUCUCUGACUCGAACCCCAUGGUGGUGGCAAACGCAGUGGCUGCCCUCUCAGAGAUCGCUGAGUCUCACCCCAGCAGCAACCUGCUUGAUCUGAACCCGCAGUCCAUUAAUAAGCUGCUGACAGCCCUGAACGAGUGCACCGAGUGGGGCCAGAUCUUCAUCCUGGACUGCCUGGCCAACUAUACACCCAAGGAUGACCGGGAGGCCCAGAGCAUCUGUGAGCGGGUCACCCCCAGGCUCUCCCACGCCAACUCUGCUGUGGUGCUGUCUGCUGUGAAGGUGUUGAUGAAGUUCAUGGAGAUGUUGUCCAAGGACCUGGACUACUACGGCACGCUGCUGAAGAAGCUGGCCCCGCCCCUGGUCACGCUGCUGUCAGCGGAGCCUGAGCUGCAGUACGUGGCCCUGCGCAACAUCAACCUCAUCGUACAGAAAAGGCCUGAGAUCCUGAAGCACGAAAUGAAGGUCUUCUUUGUGAAAUACAAUGACCCCAUCUAUGUGAAGCUGGAGAAGCUGGAUAUCAUGAUCCGCCUGGCCUCCCAGGCCAACAUCGCCCAGGUCCUGGCAGAGUUGAAAGAGUAUGCAACAGAGGUGGAUGUGGACUUUGUACGGAAGGCUGUGCGAGCCAUUGGGCGCUGUGCCAUCAAGGUGGAGCAAUCUGCAGAGCGCUGUGUGAGCACGCUGCUUGAUCUCAUCCAGACCAAGGUCAACUACGUGGUCCAGGAAGCCAUUGUGGUCAUCAAGGACAUCUUCCGCAAGUACCCCAACAAGUAUGAGAGCGUGAUCGCCACACUGUGUGAGAACCUGGACUCCCUGGAUGAGCCUGAGGCCCGGGCUGCCAUGAUUUGGAUUGUAGGCGAGUACGCCGAGCGAAUUGACAAUGCUGAUGAGCUGCUGGAGAGCUUCCUGGAGGGCUUCCAUGAUGAGAGCACCCAGGUCCAGCUGCAGCUACUGACAGCCAUCGUGAAACUGUUUCUGAAGAAGCCUACAGAGACCCAGGAGCUGGUGCAGCAGGUCCUCAGCUUGGCCACUCAGGACUCUGAUAACCCGGACUUGCGGGACCGUGGCUACAUCUACUGGCGUCUGCUCUCCACGGACCCAGUGGCUGCCAAGGAGGUGGUGUUGGCUGAGAAGCCACUCAUCUCUGAAGAGACGGACCUCAUUGAGCCCACACUGCUGGAUGAGCUCAUCUGCUACAUUGGCACCCUGGCGUCCGUCUACCAUAAGCCUCCCAGUGCCUUUGUGGAGGGGGGCCGGGGCGUGGUGCACAAGAGCCUGCCACCUCGCACUGCCUCGAGCGAGAGCACAGAGAGCCCUGAGACAGCCCCUGCCGGAGCGCCCUCUGGUGAGCAGCCAGAUGUCAUCCCCACCCAGGGCGACCUGCUGGGUGAUCUCCUCAACCUGGACCUCGGCCCCCCGGUGAGCGGCCCACCCCUGGCCACCUCCUCAGUGCAGAUGGGAGCUGUGGACCUUCUUGGUGGAGGCCUCGACAGCCUGAUGGGGGAUGAGCCUGAAGGGAUUGGGGGCCCCAACUUUGUGGCACCCCCAGCAGCAGCAGCAGUCCCAGCCAACCUAGGAGCAUCCAUGGGCAGUGGCCUGAGUGACCUCUUUGACCUGACCAGUGGCGUGGGCACGCUGUCAGGGUCAUAUGUGGCCCCCAAAGCAGUGUGGCUUCCAGCCAUGAAGGCCAAGGGGUUGGAGAUUUCAGGUACCUUCACCCGCCAGGUGGGCUCCAUCUCCAUGGACCUGCAGCUGACCAACAAGGCCCUACAGGUCAUGACUGACUUUGCCAUCCAGUUUAACCGCAACAGCUUCGGCCUGGCCCCUGCUGCCCCCCUCCAGGUGCACGCACCACUCAGCCCCAACCAGACUGUGGAGAUAUCCCUGCCUCUCAACACGGUGGGCUCGGUCAUGAAGAUGGAGCCUCUGAACAACCUCCAGGUGGCUGUGAAGAACAACAUUGACGUCUUCUACUUCAGCACUUUGUACCCACUGCACAUCCUCUUUGUGGAGGAUGGGAAGAUGGACCGGCAGAUGUUCCUGGCCACGUGGAAGGACAUUCCCAAUGAAAAUGAAGCCCAGUUCCAGAUCAGAGACUGCCCCCUCAAUGCGGAGGCUGUGAGCAGCAGGCUACAGAGCAGCAACAUCUUCACGGUCGCCAAGAGGAACGUGGAGGGCCAGGACAUGCUCUACCAGUCCCUGAAGCUGACCAAUGGCAUCUGGGUGCUGGCGGAGCUGCGUAUUCAGCCGGGCAACCCCAGCUUCACGGACCUGGAGCUGUCCCUGAAAUGUCGAGCGCCAGAGGUGUCCCAACAUGUGUACCAAGCCUACGAGACCAUCCUCAAGAACUGAGGCCCCAUCCAUUGCCCACUCCAGCCUUCUGCCAGCCCCAACAAGGAGUCCCUGGGAGUGGCAGCACCUCCUUUCUGGAGAGGCUGAGCAAGGCUCCUGGCCACCAUGGAGUUCCCUGGUCCUGACUGCCGGGCCCGCGUGGGUCCUCAGGGCAGGGCAGCAUUCCUCCUGGAGUGAAAUCUCAGUGUACCCCUGUGCUCGGGGACUCCCCUCUUCUGUUGCUGCUGACAGGGUCAGGUGAGGAGGGGACCAAAGGAAAUAGAGCCAGAGAGGCCACAAGCUGAUCAGGCAGACCCAGGGUUCUUCUCUUCCUUUUCCCGACCAAUGCCUGAAGGGUGACUGUGUGGCUCCCUCCUCGGGCUCCUGGCUUCUCAUGAAGCCCCCUGCCCCUCAGUCUCUCUUGGGUCAGUGUUAGAGGGCCUCCCCAUGCCCGCUCUCGGGCCAGGCUGUCCUGGUGUGUGUGGAGAGUCCCUUGGUGUGCCAGGAGAGCCCCUCUGUCGGGUCUGGGGCUCCUGGGGCCUGCACCCCUACCCUCCCUCUCUGCAUCCACCCAGGCUGGGCCCCUGUGGUUGUGCCAGUCAGGCCUCAGCCUCCUGAGCACUGACCCAUACGGGCAAGAUGGGCAGAAACGUCCAAAGACCCGGCCCAGGCUUCUGCUCCCCGGCAGUUGUACACACCCACUCACCCCACUCCUUCUCUUGCCCCUGAAGAUGGUGACUGCCUACAAUAUAGUCCUUGGCGUCCCCUGUGUUCCUGGAGCAGAGACAGGACUGAGGGAUGGGGCACGUGGGUGAGCGGGGUGCUUCCCAUCUGGGGUUUCUUUGGGGUUUCUCCUUAGUGUCUGCUGCCCUCCCUGUGGCCUCCAAGAUUUCAGUUGUGUCGGACAGAGCAUUAGGUUUUCCUGUACUGCUGUUUAAUAAUAAAGAAAGAUUCUGCUUUUGGCAAUCACGGACACUUUUUUCCCCCUCCACUAAAUGUCAGAACUGAAAAUUGCCUCCAAGUGGUGGAGGAUUGUUUUCUGAUCCCUGCAGUAACUGUAAUAUUCAUAGUAUACAUACAUACACAUACAUAUACAUACAUAUGUAUACUACAGUAUACAUAAUAUACACACACGUAUAUAUAAUGUAUGUUUACUCUUAUUUUCAAAAAGAGAAAGUGAAUAAAAAUGAUGACAU